GUAAUCGCUUUUUAAAUAUUCUAUUUGCGGAUGACCAAACCAGUUUGCUUAUAGUCGUUUAAACUUCAUACUUAUCGAUUUUAUAGCCUUAGUAGACAUGCGUUGACAUAUUAUCGUUGUAGAAUGCUUUGUACGCAGAACUUGAUGUUUUAUGAGUUUCGUUUCUUACCUGAAAGAGACAGCAUGUGAUACAUUACCGAAAUAAAUCUUCUUUAGCAAGUAUGCAACAUAUUAUGAUCGAAUCUAUCGUUCCAAUAAAUCUUAGUAUUUGAUUUCAAAUUGCAUCGAUUCAUUUAUUAACGUAAGUAAUUUCUUAUCGUAUUUCUUUAUGUAUUAUUUCUUUCAAAGUAAUAUUUUCACAGUGAGAGAUUGAAAACUUGUACAAUUUGUAUGACACGACGAUUACGGUAUAAAAUUAUUCCCAAUAAUCUUUUAUAUAUGUUUUCUUUUUACUUCAUCCGAUUCCUUUUUUAUUUCAAUUACGGUACUACAUAUAUCCUAUCCAGUGAAUCCACGUACAUACACGCGUACUUAUAUAUAUAUAAUAUAUUGAACAAUGUCAAGGUCACGGUUAUUCCACGUUUCUUUACACCGCGUAUUCUUCAUAUUUUGCUUAUGACAUUAUGUCCACAACUACUUGUGUCGCGAAACGAUUUGCACUGUAGCUUACAAUAAAAAAGUUAAGGUAAUUUGCACAAAAAUAUUUCAAGUGCUUUUAAUGUUGCAGACGAAAACGAAUAAGAUGAUGUGUUGCAUACUAUGUAAGUAAAAUAUUUUGUUAAUAGCAUAUCAAUAAUAUGUAUAAAUAUAAGAACGAAAUAGUUAUAUUUGAUUCUACUUCGUACUUAUCUUGCUUUUUACGGUAUAUCGUACGUUGCUCCAGGCUAAUAUUAUAGGUAUAUGAAAGAAAUUAAUAACAAAAUCAUAUAUGAAGAUGACCACCACGAUAGGAGACGUACAAACUCUGCAAACUUUAACGUCACACACCAGUGACGUUACGAGUAUUGAUUUUGCGAGCGAUUGCGUACUUGUAACUGGAUCUGGAGAUAAACGUGUCAGAGUUUGGCAAUGGCGAUCAGGCGAAGGGUACGUAGAGGCAUAUUUUUCGCCGUUGCAGGGGCACAAAUACGGAGUUACAUCUGUCAAAGUGAGCCCACAAUCGACGAUGCUAGCUUCGGCUAGUAUAGAUGGGACAACGUUGCUAUGGAAUUUACGAUUUUGGCAAUUCAUACGUCUGUAAGAUACAGAUUCCUAUAUACACGUAUGUACAUAUGCACUAAAUCUUCACGCUGCCAUUAGCAAUUAUUAUAAAGAUGUACGAAAGAGGUAUCGUGAUAUCCUUUGCAGACAGGAACAAAAAUUCAUACGAUGGUUCAAGUAGGCGGAGAAACUGUAAGAGUUUGCAGAUUUUCACCCGAUUCAACGUUGCUUGCAACUGCCGGAGAUAAUGGACAGGUUUGUCUUUGGGAUUUGAUUCGACGCAAUCUAGUUAGAUAUUUUCAAAAACAUGAAGGUGCUGUGCAGAGCGUAUGCUUUUCACCGGAUACCAGUUGGUUAGUAACUACUUGUACGUUUGGUGUCAUGAAAUUAUUCGCCACCAGCGAUAUCAUCGACUCGUGCUUUACCGACAACCAAGCGAUUACUGCCCUCGCCUCAAUUGAUGAUGCUCAUGAUUUAGGUGUCGUAUCUUGCGACUUUUCAAUCUGCCAAAAGAUUAUAGCUAACGAACCAUUCACAAAAGUGUACCAACUAGUUACUUGCGGUAAUGAUCAUUACGUAAAAUUAUGGGAGGUUACUGUGAUACAGUCGAAAUGCGAAACAUCCACCGUGAAAAUAAGCCUGUGCAGAAUCAUGGAAAAACACAGUAGUGCCUUAACUUGUGUUUGUUUCAAUGCAAACGGAUUAUUCAUCGCUAGUAGCGGCCUCGACAAAACAGCGGUAAUCUGGGAAACGGAUACCGGAAAAGUGAUGGCGAUAACAACAGGACACAACAGAUAUGUAGCAUGCUGUGCGUUCUCGAGAGAUGGAAAUUUAUUAGCUACAGGUUCCAACGAUAAAUCCGUAAUUGUUUGGGAUCUUAAAGGAAACUUAUGCUUCGACUCGGAACUCGCACGACGAUUUACACCUGCCUUAUUUUUAGAUAAUCACGAAGAGAGCGUCGAAUAUGAACAAACUGUAAUGAAAAACGCGGAAACAUCUGUUAAUGACGUUCAACUAAUUCAAAGAUUAGAAGAGCACGGUGGAGUAAUAAACAGCGUAGCUUUCUACGGAAAUCAUCUUAUCGCUUCUGGAUCUGGGGACAAGUUAAUACGAGUUUGGAGCAUUGAGACCGAAGAGGGAACCAAUGCCGAAAUUAUUACGAAAUUUCAAGAGAAAUCUUAUAGCCCGUUGGAUGGUCAUAAAUAUAGUAUAAACCAUGUGGAAUUCAGUCCUUGUGGUCGUAUGCUUGCCUCCUGCUCCUUAGAUGGAACUGUUAUCAUCUGGAAUACCGAGAACGGUUCUCAAGCAAAAUCUUCCUUCGUGAAUUCGGGAUCCGGUAUCCGUGUUUGUCGAUGGUCACCGGAUGGUACUAAAAUUGCUACAGCUGGAGAUGAUGAAAGGACGACGUUAUGGGAUGUGAAUAAUAUGGAGGAACUUUGCAUUUUCAGUGGUCAUGCCGAUGCAAUAAACGCGAUUGCCUUUACACAUGACUCCUGUUACUUGAUUACGGCAUGCAACGAAGGUACUUGGAGGCUGUUUCAAAUCAGUGAUAAUACAAAUUGUGAGGCGCUGAUUAUUUGUGGCGAAGCUCAUGACUUAGGCGUCCAAGGGUGUGAUUUUUGUCCAACAUCUAACUUUAUAACUAAUGGAAGAAGUGAGAAUACAAUUAGCAACAAACAUUCUUAUCUAUUAGCAACUGGUGGCAAUGAUUCCUUGGUUAAGUUAUGGGAAAUAACAAUUGACAAAGUUAACGUAAUCUCAUCAGGUAGUAGUGGAAGCAGUAGCGGUGAUGUACGAUAUAAAGAAAGGAGAUCUUUCGCCGGACAUGGUGGCAAUGUGACUUGUGUUCGAUUUCCUCCGAUUCAAAGCGAAAUCUUAGGAAGCGUAGCUACUGAUAGAACGGCGCGUAUAUGGAAUGUAUACUCUGGGACGUGUUUAUACGUGCUAGAAGAGCAUGAAAGUCUUGUAACUGGCUGCGCUUUUUCGCAAGACACUUCUCUUUUUAUUACAGGUGCUCUAGAUAAAACUGUCUUAAUCUGGAAAAUACCUCAACAGUUGAUUUCGCAAAAUAUAUUAAUAAAUAACUUAAAAAAUAACAGAAAAAGGGUUGCUGACUGGAAAAUCGAUGAUACGUUGAGAUGGUUAGACGAAAUAGGCUUAUCGAUAUUAAUUAAGAAAGCUAAUACGAUUUCUUUAACGGGACGACAUUUACUUUCCCUAUCGGAGAAUGAAUUAACAAACAGACUGGACAUAGAACAAGAUGAAGAGACAGCGGAAGCAUUUAAAACACAACUAUACUGGUUAAAACGUGAAGACAAUAAUUCUUCAGAGAUCCCUAUAGACGAUAGCGAAAUAUCUCACGAAUUUUUAUGCCCUAUCACGCAUGAAAUAAUGAAAGAACCCGUCCAAUGUUCUGAUGGAUUUACAUAUGAAAAAGCUGCUAUAAAUGAAUGGUUUUUAUGUGGGAAAUAUACAAGUCCAAUGACGAACAAACCUCUUCGAGAUACUUCAUUUACCCCAAACAUUAUACUCAGGAAUGCGAUAUACACUUUUCUUCAUGGAAAUCGACCAACUGAUGACAAUUAAGAGUUGCAUUUAAUGGUGUGUAAACUAGGAUAUAAAAUGUAACUUUAAAGAAGCUUUUUUUUUUUUUCUUUUUAUAUAUCUACAUAUUAUAUUAUACAUCCACCUGACACGAAUUUUUCUUACACUUGAGGUUAUGCACUCUCAUGAACGGGUAUAUGAAGUUUUAAAAGGAACAAAUAAUAAAUACGCACAAAAAGUUGUUAACAGACUAAUCAACAAAAUCGAUAUAACAUAGCAAAUAUGUACGUACAUUUGUGAGAAUUUUGUAAACAUCUGUUAAUAAAUAUAUUAAUUGUAUAAA